AUGGACACCUUCCCAUAUACCAGUACACCAACACGACGUCCCAAGCGCCGUCGCCCUUCAAUCACCCACUCCACCAUGUCCGACAACAACUCCAUCUCCAUAGCAACUUCUCGUCCUCGCAGAAAAGCUGCUACAACAAGCAGAGCUCAACUCAAAUCUGAAUCCCGAUAUCACAAUGAGAGCAGAAGAGGCCGCAAGAUCGAUUCCAAGUCCAAGGACAAAUGCAAAGCAGCACCUAAAGCCAGAGCUAAAGCUAAGAACGCUAAAGCUGUGGAGUGGGAGGGGGAGGACGACGAUGAAGAUUUCUUCGAGUGUCCAUGUGGUUUUGGAUGUGAGACGAUUAGUGAUUGUGAGAAUGCGCAGAAGGAGGUUAUGGUUAGGGAUGUGGGGAUGAGUAUAAUCCUCAGCUCCACCGGAACAGCAAAUAUCCUCGUCGGCGCUCCUCCCAACCAACAGUCCUUCACCAUCCACAAAGAACUCCUCGCCAUCCACUCGGGAUACUUUGCUUCUCUCUUCUCUUCACCUCCAACGUCCCUUUCCACCACUCCAACAACAUCAUCACCAGAUUCAAAAGCGAACACCGCUCUGGAAGAAGCUCUCACAAGGGCUAUGCGAGGAGCUAGCCUUGAUGUCAAUAUCAAUGGAAAAGCCAGCAGAAAAAUCGAUCUUAGCCUGGCUAAGAAUGAGGGGGAAAGUGUCAAAAUGGAGACUCCCGAACAAGAGGACGACGACGACGAUGAUUUCAUUAUGAUUUCAUCAGACCAGUAUUACUUCAAUCUGUCGAAGAAACGCCUUCUAACACCGAUCACUACGCCAAGCAAGUUCACACCGAAAUCCCGGGGCACAACCACGACGAUGUCAACACCUUCUCCAUCACCGUUCAUCACCAACCUCCUCGCCCGCUCAACCACCUCCAAACAGAUUAACAACAACACCACACCCUCUCCUACACCCACGCCCACACCAAAAUACCUCCCUACCACUCCGACUCCCACAUCAACAACACUUCCAUCCUCCACAUCGACACCCACUCCCUCCCCCUCCACAUCCCCCUUCCCAGCCCCAAAAUUCUACUCCCUCCCCACCAUCCACCCCCUCCCCUUCACCCUCUUCACAUGCUACAUCCACCACGGCACCCUAACACCCACCCUCCUGACCCUAACCGACGCAGCACAAACCUGCACCUGGGAAGCCCUCUGGGCACUCGGCUCCAAACUGCGCGCACCGGGAUUCAUGAAUUACUGUAUGGAGAGCCUGAGGGCUAUGAAGAGCGUGCAGGAUGGGGGGUGGCUGAAGCCGAAGACUGUGAGGGAGGUGUGGGGGAUGGGGCUUGAGAUGGAGGAGGAGGAGGAGGAGGGGGAGGAGGUUUUUGGAAGUGGGACUGGGACGGGGAGAUGGUCGUCGUCGCCGCUUGAUCGAGAGAGUCAAACUCACACUACGGCCAAUAAACUCAAACUCUUCACAGCAUCACUCGUCGCCUCCCUGUCACCACUGACCCUCUACCCCCCGACAUCAAUGGACUACCGAAACUGGGAACGUACAUUUACCGGCAUCCCGUCACUUUCUCUCGCUGUUGAGAAGGUCAAGUCUGAUCUCAAUCUCAAUGUUCAGCACUCUUCUUCUGGAGAUCAGGAUGCGGGAGAGGAGGAAGAGAGAGGAAAGAAUAAAAAGCCCUGGGAUGACAAAUUCAGACACUAUUGGAGAGUGGAGGAAGUUGAUAUCAGGGAGAUGUGGAGGCAGAUACUGGAGAAAGAAUACGAUGUAGCAUACACUGCUCAUUCUCAAGCUCAGUCUCAAGCUCAAAACAGCAUCACCACCAUCCAAGGACUAGAAACACAAGCAAAGAAUGGAAAUGUAAGCUCCAUGCUAAAGAUGAUGGCCCUCAAAGGAGAGGAGUGGGUCCAGACGCUUGGGAGCGUGGAUGGAUAUGGUGGUGGUGGUGGUGGUGGGGUUGUGAAAAGCGAGAGUGAAGAUGAUGAUGAGAGUGAGGAUGAGGAGUUUUACGGGGAUGAUAGCGAGGAGGAGGAUGAAAAUGAGUAUGAGUAUUUUAAGGGAAGGAGGAGGGGGAGAUCGAGGAGGAAGAGAGCUAGGAGGUAGACAAAACUUGAUUGGUACGGAAAUGAUGGUUUUUCUGCUAAGACAAUGGAAGGUGAUAAGCCUGAAUAGUGAAGCAUGAACUUAUUCAUGGUUGGGGUUUUACCUCUAUCGUCACCUACCACGCUAGCGGAAGAUGCACUCUUGGAGGGCAAGGGAGGGCUUGCUCGUACGUACAUGUUGAGCAAUGGUACAUACAUGGUGUCUGACCUGGACUUGGAUCCUAUCUACCUUCGUCUUAUUUCAAGAUGAUUGGGAACAAGAUGAUUGAGGGUGCUGAAAGCAUAGGUUAGAAUAGCAGUGAACAGCAAAGACCAGCAGAGAACAGCAGAGAACUGCAGAGAACUGCAGAGAACAGCAGAGAACAGCAGAGAACAGUAAACAUAAAUUAAGUUACCAUAGCAAUAAACCCAAAUUACCGAAGCUUCCGAUGUCUGUACCUUGGUUGGAUCACCUCACAGUUUGUCGGAAUGGGCUGAUUGCUUGUCUGCUUGUUUCUUUGGGGCGCGGAGGAGUGAGUCGAAGAAGCAAAUAUUACCUGGGAGAGCAAUAUCCAGGGCCUAAGCCUGGAUAGACAAUAGCCUUGAAAGGCUCAGAAGCAGGUCUGAUACCUUAGGGGUUCCCAUGAAGAUGAAUUCAAUAGAAUAAGAGGUGUAAGGAGUCGCUCAUCACUGGGAGAGUAAAUGGGGAAAAAGGAUA